AUGCAGUCGGCUUGCCAGGUGUGCGGGCCACGCGGCGGCGUGUCGCCCGAGGCGCUCUUCAAGUGUUCUCGCUGCCAGGGGGUGCUCUACUGCGGGCGCGAGCACCAGACCGCGGACUUCCCCAACCACAAGGCCAUCUGCAAGCGAGUCAAAAAGUUCCGCGACCUCAUGGCGGAAGAGGAGCACAAGAUCUGCAACGCCGAGCCGGACAUGUUCACGCCCGCCAACGCCUUCGAAACGGAGGUCGGCCUCUUCUGGGGGGUCCACAGCACGCGCCCCUACAUGCGCGCCAAGGUGGAGGUGAUCCGCACGCUGUCCCUAAUGGACGCGCGCCCGGGCACCGAGGCCGCGCUGGCCGAAGCCAUGGGCAGUCUGCGCCUGUGCCGCGGCGACAACGUCGGCAUCCGCGAGCUCGUGCCGACGCGCAUGCUGCUGCUGGGCCAGUACCAGGAGGCCUACGAUGACUACGACUGGGGCGACAUGGACCUGCCGUACCUGGACGUGCACGGCGCCGACAUGACGGAGGAGAUCCCGGAGCGCAUUUACGCGGUGUUCUUCAUCACCUGCCUAACGCACAUUAAGAUGACGCUGGCCAACGCCGUCAAGGACGCCAUCACAGCCCACGAGCUGGCCGAUCAUGCGUCUCUCCCUGCAGGCGUGACCGACUCGUUGGGGGCGUUCCUGGCGCCAAACGGGCAGACGCGGAGUCUCAAGGAGCUCAAGGAGCUCCACAAGAAGCUCACGAGGCAGACGCCCGAGGCGUUCGCGUUGGCGCACAGCCUGAACUCGCACUUCUGGCCCGUGAUGUUGGACCCCUUCCCUCUUAGGGCUUGGUCGGGGAAUGAUCGUCUCAGUCUCGCUCAUCUCCGCACCAUCACACUCAAGAACUCGCAGCCAUGGAAGGCACCCUUACUGCUCCACCUGUGGGCGGCGCUGAAGCUGAAGACGCUGCUGAGAGAAGCGGUGGAGGCCGUGGUGGUCGCGGGGCAGGUCGCGGUGGUCGUGGAGGACGAGGAGCUUCGACCAGGCCAGCUGCAUCAUGGAGCGAUGAUGAUGUGA